AACAGCCACAGGUUGGUCAGACAGGAGCCCUUAAUCCCUGGCAGACCUUGGGCGCCCGGCUCUGAUGUGCACCCCUCAGCCUGCCGCCCCCGCGCCCUGCCUUCCUGGGUGGCCGCUCAGCCAAGGCCACGGCUGCCUGCCCACCUGCGGGGCCUCGGUGCUGCCCGGAGGCUGCCUCCGCUGCUGGAGUGCACGCUCCAGCACCCGUCCAGCAUGCCGGGUGCCACGCUCCUGCUGCUGGCCCUGCUCCCUGGGGUCGCCACCUCGCCCAGCGGGCCACUUGCGCCCCCAUUCCCCGCGGCGCCUGGGCCCUGGCUGCGCCAACCCCUUUUCAGUCUGGAGCUGUCGGACGCGGAGGACGCCUUCCCGCGCCGCGCGGGGCCGCUCGAGGUCCCGGCCGACAGCCGCGUGUUCGUGCAGGCGGCCCUGGCCCGUCCCUCUCCGCGCUGGGGCCUGGUCCUGCACCGCUGCUCGAUGACACCGUCCUCGCGCCCGGCCCCGGGGCCCGUCCUGGCACUGCUGCGCGGGGGCUGCCCCGCCGACUCCUCCGUCGUCCUCCCGCCACCGCCGGCGCGCCCGGGUGCUGCCGGUCCCGUGCGCUUCAGUUUCCGCCUGCGCCCGGUCUUCAACGCCUCGGUGCAGUUUUUGCACUGCCAGCUGAGCCGCUGCCGCCGCCUCCGGGGAGCCCGCCGGACACCUGCGCCUCUGACGCUGCCGCCGCCAUCGCUGUGUCUGCCUCAGGAUGAGGCGUGCACGGGCGCCGGCAGCGGCAGUGGCGAGAACCUGGGUGCCGACGGUCCCCAUCUGCACACGCUGACGCAGCCCAUCGUGGUCACAGUGCCGCGGCCACCCCCCGGUGAGCGCACAGUUCUCCGCAGGGUCCCGGGAAGGGGGGUGAGGAGGAAUCUGGGGCCGGAGCCCAGUCCAUGUGAUGUACUUCCCACAGGGCCACCCAAGGGCGUCCCCGGCAGACCCGUGCGCCCCGAACCUCCCGCCCCCGCCCCCGCGGCCCUGGAGCCCGCGCCCGUGGUGGCGCUGGUGUUGGCUGCCUUCGUGCUGGGCGCUGCGCUGGCCGCCGGGCUCGGCCUCGUCUGUGCGCAUUCAGGUACCAACCUCGGCCCGCCGGGACUUCCGCACGGCCCCCAGCCUAUUCCCGCGGGUCGGAACUCCGGGUCGCCGCCACCCAGCGGGUGGGGCACGACCAUCCCUAGACCUGUCUGCGCUACGCCCACAGCAGCCGCCAGGGGGCGCCCUUGCCCCGGCUCAAUGCGCAGCAACCCCUGCCUCUCCUUUCCAGCACCCCCGAACCCCGGUCCCGCCCCGAGAGACUCGCCCAGCGGCCCCCAGCCCAGGAGGCCCCAAUAAGGCAGACUAACGGAGGUGGCCAAAGAUCCGCUGGGAAGGGGGCGGCCUGCAUGGUGUCCCUCUGCUUCGCUCAGUCUGGGUAGCCCCUCCCCAGGGAUGGCACACCCCCAGCACUGUCCGGAGACACAAGCCACGGCCUUGAAGCAGGCUCGCCAGGACUGGAUCGGCCGCGGUCGACCUCAGACCCAGCAGGACCACUGUCUCUGCCUCCUGAACCCUCCUGCCCCUGACCCGCUCCUUCUGGCACCUUCCCACUUGGGCUCAAAAUAAACACCUGGUCUGACCUACUGA